ACCCAUCUCCUAUCAUAAAACCUCUCAUCUCAUCAUUUUUUCUUUCUCUUCUCAUACAGUUCAUAUGUUUGUUUCCUGAGAAAAUCUUAUAUCAUGAGCAACAUUCCAAGAUCUCUUACCGAUUCUUCCUUUACUCUUUUCAAGCUCGCCAUCUCUUCCUCCGAUCCUUGGCCUUUUUCUAUCAUAUUUUUCUUGUAACCCAAACACAAAACAACUACUGCUCUUCAUAUUCUUUCUCUCUCUCUCUCUCUUCUCAAAUCCUCUGUUUGUUUAAUUCGCUUUCAAAAUUUUCUCGAGAAAAUGACCAUUUCGAGUGAGAAACUACAAAACCAUAUGCAAAUGACGAACAAUUUUCACCUCCACAUUCCCCACAUUAAUUUCCACAAUCAUAACAAAGAUCACGAUCACCAUGAUGAUCAAGGAGAUCAGGUGGCGAUGAAAGAUAUCCCAAAGGGGUGUUUGGCUGUGAUGGUUGGAGAAGACGAAGAACAAACACAGAGAUUCGUUAUUCCGGUUAGGUAUAUCAACCACCCUCUCUUCAUGCAACUCCUCAAAGAAGCUGAGGAAGAGUACGGCUUUGAUCAGAAAGGUCCCAUCGUCAUUCCCUGCCACGUGGACCAGUUCAGAACCGUCCAAUCCAUCAUUGAUGAGGAGAAUUCUCUCAAUCAUCACCAUCAUCAUCAUGAUCAUCACCACCACCACCAUCAUCAUAACCAUGUUUGGUGUUUUAGGGUUUGAUUAUUAUUAUUAUUAAUUCUCAUGUAAUUAAAGUUUUUUUUUUAUGAUUAAUUCUUGGUGCAUUGACUUAUAUAUAUAUAAAAAAAAACAAAUUGUGUGUUUA